AUGGCUGAUUUCACUCUAUCAAAGCCAAAGUCGGUACUGGCUGAACAGUACAAAGUGCCCGCCGAGCAACUCCACGACGACGAGGUAACACUCCGCCGAUGGCAUCUCAGUGAUGCGCAACGUCUAGUCGAGGCUGCCGAGUCGUCCCUACCCGAGCUCAAGGCCUGGAUGCCCUGGGCCGCCCACGGCUACACGCUAAAGGACGCAGAGACGUUUCUCCGCAUCACCACCGCCGACUGGGACCGGGGCGCAGAUUACAACUAUGCCAUCUUGGUCAACGAGCAGAUUAUCGGCUCUUGCGGGCUGAUGAGCCCUGCUCGGGGCGACGUCGGUAUGGGCAUGGGAUACUGGCUCGCGACGCCCAUGACGGGCCGUGGACUGGCGACAAAGGCCGCUGCGCUGCUUACACGGGCGGCGUUUGACUGCGGCGCGGAGCUGGUCCAGAUCUGGCACGCGGUGGGCAAUGGGAAGAGUCGUGCUAUUCCCGAGAGGCUAGGAUAUGAGUUUUUGGGAGAUUUUGAGGAUUUGCAGAUUGCGGAGCGUGGAGCAAUGGGCCUCUGGCAGAAGGAUAGGCUGGUGUGA